CGCAGCCUGUCUGCAGCUAGCAUAACAGGCCGAGAGACAGUCGUGGGUAGGAGUAACUUUCACCCAGUCUGGACAAAACCAGCCCAAAGAAAUGAAUAAAGAAAGCGUGCUCCUUGGCUACCUGGUAGUGAGGUUGUAUCUUCAGGUGUGACUGCUGAGCAGAAAGUGUCACUGCGAAAGUGGCCAUGCAUCCCUUUGGCUGUGAAGCUGAAACCUCGCUUCAGGACCUGUUUGAGUACUUCAAGAGGUGCCUGCAGGAUGGCGAGUGGGAGCUGGCGAGGGCAUGUGUGCCACAACUGAUUAAUUCCGAGGGAAAACUUACAGAAAAUUUACUGGGCAUGAUCAAGGCUAUUGUUUGCCAUCCUUACAGUUUAAAAUGGGAGUCAGUAGGCAGUCCACACCGACUGGCUUGGUUUUGGCUGCAGGUCUUGGAGAAAUGGGCAGAAGGACAGGUUACUCCUAAUGUCAGAAGAGAGCUGGAGUUUCUGUUACUUCUGGAGGAACUGGGGUCAGAGGGCAUACCUGAGACUGUUCUCAAGCAGGAGUUGCAACAUGCUUUUUUAAAUAAACAGUCUGAGCAAAUGGUGCCGGAGGAUUCAAGAACAACAGCUGCUGAGUCUUGUUUGCUAACCCUGUUGGAGAAAAAGAAGCCAAGACUUGCUCAGUCUUUAGCACAUUUUUUACAGGAGCAGGCAUGCAUAGAGGACCAUACUCUGCAGCAUGCAUUCAUCCAGCACUUGAUAAAGAAACUGGGAAAGCCGGAGAAAAGGCCAGAGAAAGUGGAGGAGUGGGUAGAGGAGAUAUACGCUGUGCUGGCUGUGAUACCGUGGAACUCCCGUAGAAGCGAUGGGCAGUUGGAGGCACUUUGUGAAGCAUUAUGGACAGUCAGAGAGGGCCCCCUCAAGGAGGAGAGGAUCCUCAGCUCCUUGCUUCGCCCUCAAUGUGACGCUCUUGUCUCAGUGUACUGCUCCACUGCUCUAAGGCUGCAGAGAGAUCAUCUGCUUAGGAGCUCACCUCACACACAAGUUGAGCUUCCUGAAGCAGAGCAGCUUGCCCUCAGUUUAUGUUGCCACAAGGACCGUCCAUCUAUUUGGAAGGUCAUUUACUUCGAGUGCCUUAGUAGUGGAAAGCACUUCCUGGAGCAAGUCUUGGUUACUGCACUUGACCUGAUUAAACACGAGGAAUUCAGUCAGCUGAAAAACUUGCUGCAGCUGGAGUUCCAGCCCUUGUCCCGUCUGCUGCUGCUGCUGGGAUGGACUCAGUGCCACAGUCUUAGCUCAGCUCAAAAGCUGCUCAGCAUCCUUCACAAAGAGCAGGCAGCAGCCAAUGACUCUGUUCUGCAGGAGUUUGCUAAUCUUUUGUCAUCUCAGCUUGGAAUACUUGAAUGGUGCAAAAACAACAAUCCAGAGGUUUCCAUGGAGGCACUGCUGGCAAAGCUUCACACUCUGGACAGUCACUCAGCCCUCUAUAUCCUGCAUUCUCUGACUCCUUUGGCUCAGUUUGAAGAACGCAGGAUAUUAGAUCUACUACAGCAACUGCCAAAUUUACCAGAAGCAGAGGGCACUGGGGCAGUCAGCACUCUCAGCCCUCCUGUGCAAAGAAACAUAGUUUUGUUCCAGGGGUUCUGUGCUAUGAAGUAUGCCAUCUAUGCACUCUGUGUGAAUGCACAUAAAUACUCAAAUUGUACCAAGUGUGACCCCAUGCAGCAGCACCAGCCCUCGGAUGCAGAAACGGACCAAAAUAAAACCUCAGCUUCCUCAGAAGAUUGCCAUUUGGUGUUCCAGCAUUACCUGUCUGAGUGUCAGCUCUAUCUGGAGGCUGUGCCGGCCAUGUUCCGCCUGGAGCUCCUGGAAAAUAUCUUCUCCCUUCUCUUUCUGUCCACCACUGACUUUGCUCAGCAGAUUCAAAAAGAUGCAAACUCAAGUCAGAACAUGGGUAAUGACAGGGAAGGACAGAUGGAUGACACUGAGGACCAAAAAAGGGGGAAGCAGAAGCUAUCUUCAAGUCCAACAGCAGCCCACUGUAGUCACCUGGACCUGGGACACUUUAUCCAGAGCUGCAGGGGGUUUCUGGUCGAUGUGACUGCCAUGGAGGGAUUUCUGAAGCUGUUGAAAGAAGGGCUGGAGGGAAUGUGUGUGGUAGGUCAGCAGGACGGACAGGAGGAAGGAAGAGCUUUGCCUCGAGAGGCAGAGGCGGCAGCAAGUCUGGGCUGCUCGGUGACUCCUGAGUCUUUUGGGGCGCGCUUACAGAGGUUGACAAAACGGACUGCGGAGGCUCAGUGGAGGCUGCAGAUUAUCACCAGCAACCAGGGCAGUGGAAGUGGUUCAGAAAGUCCUCUUACGAUGUCAUCAGUCGGCUGUACUGUCAUUCCUCUGGGACACCCCAAGAGCUCGAGCCUGAGGAGGCGAAGGAAACCAGGAAGGCAUAGCAUAGAGAGGCACUCCUCCACAGAGAAACAUAAUGGAGAAGUCAGCACGAGUGCAUCAGAUGGUGGAGGAGGGAUGGCAACAGGCUGUGUGGAAUUGGAGUUUUGCCCAUGUGGAGGUCCCCACAGCUGGUUGGUCCCUGCCAUGUUGUCCCCUCCAGAGUCUCUGCUAAUGUCCUGCAUUCGACGAGGAAACUUCAUGGAAGCUCAUCAGGUGUCUGUGGUGUUUGAUCUGGAGGCGUCUGCCUGUUGUGGCGAGCUGGUGUUCAUGGAGCGCUACAAAGACGUCCUGGUGGAGUUGGCACAGGUGGAGCAAAAGAUGGAGGGUCAGUCCAUGUCUUCAUCGUCAUCCUCAUCAGAGGGCUUAGGGUCAGCAGCUGGGUCGGGCAUAGGGAGGAGUCGGCUAGGCAGCAGUGGUCGCUCAACACUGCAGGCCAUUGGAAGUGCUGCUGCUGCAGGAGUGGCUUUCUACUCCAUCUCGGACAUAGCAGCCCGUCUCCUCAGCACUCCUGCUCACCCUCUGCCCUCACUGGAGGAAGGCUACUGGCUGAGCCACUGCUCUCCAGAUGCCUCUGGCCUUCUCUACACAUUGCUGGAGGAGCUCAGUCCAGCAGCCAUGGCUGCCUUCGACCUGGCGUGCUGCCACUGUCAGCUCUGGAAGACUUCUCGACAGCUGCUGGACACAGCUGAGCGCAGACUCAACACCAGCCUGGAAGCUCGAGGGGUAAGAGUUGACCUUAAAGUGCCUCAUUCAGAGGGGAUCUGUGGAUUUCCCAUGGUAUUACAACAGAUCAACAAGAUCCUGAAUCAUUCAACUGCCAAUAAGAGUUCUGUCAAAACAGAAGUUGUUGGGGAAGACCAGGUGUCUGCCAGCCCAUUUGGUUGCUGCAUCCAGGAAGUGCUGCUCUGUUGCCAUCCAGCACUGAGUGAGGAAUUCAUUUCUGGCAGGCUCAGUCUGGCGCAGCGUUUGGAAAACACCCUGCACAAUCUGAGUUCUGCUACAGAUGGCACAGAGGGCAGUGCGGGAAGCGCUCUACUGGCACUUCUGGUGGAACAGGCCAGUCUGAAGCAGUCAGAACUGGAUGCUCAUGCUGUGCGCUCCAGCAUGAAGCAGCUACUUCGUUCUCUUGACAGCCUCUGUCCCUUCGAGCCAGACAGAGACCUUGCCAGACCAGAUUACGUGCGCAGUUUCUUUGACUAUGUCAACACACUAGCGUCUGUGUUAGUGCGUAGCCUCAGUUCAGAAGACCAAAGCACUGAAGUGAAGCUUGGGAAUCCACUGCUGGUGUUGCUUCAAGCCCCAUUUCAGCUUCUCUCUCACUUGCUGUUUGACCGGCAGGUGUCUCCUGAGAAAGUGCUUUCCUUGCUGGAGCAGGAAGGGCUGCGACUGAGUAUCCAAAAGGUGAUUGUUCAGCGAUGCUGUGAGGCUCUUCCUUUGUGGGUCUCCUACCCAGAUCAUGGAAAUGUGUCAGAUCAGGCUAGGAAAGAUGACGGUGCUUUUGGAGUUGCUGCUUUGUCUAACCUGCUCCAAUGCCAUGCUCAAGAUCACAUGAGAGUUCUGGGACAUCCAGAUCCUCAGUCUGAUGUGAGCUCUGAGUCUGAGGCCUCAGUGGAGGAUCGUUCCUCUACACCCACCAACCUCUCCACAUCUCCACCUUUGUCAUCAUCCUCCUCCUCGUCGUCGUCUUCUUCUUCUUUAAAUUCUUUUCUUCUUACACCAUCAGCUCUGUCUUUCCUUAAGUCUCGCUCCCCUUUAUUGGCCACACUAACAUGUUUGAGCGCCUGUAAAGGAGAAACUGCCCGGACACAGUCCUCUGGAUGGUCUGGAUAUUUCCGCAGUGGACGUAAAGAGGCUGUCUUAGAUGGUGACCAGAUUUCUCGUGAAGCUGAUAACCUCCUGAGGGAGUUCCCUAUUCUUCAGGCUUACCUUCACACCAUGGCUGAACCAGUGCUUGGCACACCGUUAAGCGAGAGCGAGGAAAGCUCUCUUGGACUGGGGGCAGUUGUCUGCGGGAAACCGCUCAUCAGCCUCCUGCUGUCUGGGCCACAGGAAGUGGCGGCGCAGGCUGUAGCUGCUGACGCCUUUCAAAAGGCUCUUGCCUCCAGAGACCUGGGCCGAGCCCUCAGUCUGCUGGAGCUGUAUGGUCAGGGCUGCAACCAGGAGGGGGUGCUAAGAGACCGCAUACUUGCCUGUGCUGCUUUACAAGAUGGAGAUGAAGGUAUAGGCCAUCUGUUCCGAGUGCAGGAUGCUAAUCUGCGAGCCCGUGUUGCUCUCCAGGCUCUGGAGCGGUGGCCACUGUCAGCCUGCCUCGAGCUGCUCGAGUUCUGCCUUAAUGACCCGAGCACAGAGACCUCACUGAAAACAGAUCUAGAGCUCAAGAAGAAAGAAUUGGACCUUUACUGCCAGAUGUUAAAUUUACAGCCUCCGUUGCCCUGGGCCACUUGGCAGGAGAUGAGGAAUGAAUCCAAGGCAAACACUGAGUCGGUGUUAUCUAUGAUAUUGGAGGCAAAGAAGUUUGAUCUUUGUGCACAGUGGGUUGAGCUGUAUCCUGUAUCAGAUGAGCUGAGGCUGCAGCUGCAAGCUGAGCAUUUGCUUUAUCUACUGGAGAAGGAACAGACAGAUGAGGCUUUUCAGUUACUCGAGGGCCUCUCAGAUUUUGCAGCUGGUCUAGAUGUUUGUGAGCGUGCCCUGGAUCGUUGCCCUGGAUUGGAUGCGUGUCACUUCCUGGCAGACUACCUCACCCUGCAUUUCCAGAGGCAGGUGUCUCCUGCACGUCGCCAAUACAUCCAUGCUCUUCAUCUGGGCUCUAAGGUGUUGCUGACACUGCCCCCAGCUGCCAGGCAGGACUACUUCCCCCUGCUGUCGGACCCUUUGCUGAUGCUCGAGCAGCUGUUGAUGAAUCUGAAGGUGGACUGGGCCGACAUAGCAGUGCGGACCCUGCGGAGCUUGUUGGUUGGCCAGGAGGCUGGCUUCAGUGCUGAGGACAUCGAUAAGCUACUGGCAGACUAUGCCUGCAAGGCUCUCAACUUCUCCUGUGCCCCAAGAGAGAGGACUCGAUCUGACUCUGUAAUUAGUCUUCAGGAAGCACUAAUACAGUGUCCUGCUCAAGACAGCUCACUCUCUUCCAGUCGAACUGAAUCUCCGGCACCCUCCAGAAGCAGCACCCCUACACAUACACCCAUGGGAAGCAGCACAGACCGGGAGAAGGAUCGUGGCUCAGCAGGGAGAAAACGCCGCUCGCCUGCGAAGUUCCAGCCUCCAGAUCAACCCCCAGCCCGCAAAGACUGGGUCCCGGACACCCAGCAGCAUGUGUGCAUGGUUUGCAAGCGUGAGAGGUUCACCAUGUUCAACAGACGCCAUCAUUGUCGAAGAUGUGGCCGUCUUGUUUGUAAUGCAUGUUCAGAGAGGAAGAUGCCCGUUGAGGGUUGCCCAGGAGAGGAAGUCAGAGUCUGUGACCAGUGUUUUGCUUACUUUCACCCAGAUUCUGAUGAUGAUCUGGAACCUGCUGAAGCAGUGGCUGGUAGCCCUGUGGUCACAGAGCAGUCCAUGGAUGGGAUGCUGCAUCUGCCUGAAGUGGUCCAUCAACAGUUCCACCUCAGCAUAAACCCUGCAGAAAGCGAACGUCUGCGGAGCGAGUUCUACUAUGAACAGGCUCCCAGUGCGUACCUCUGCGUGGCCAUUUUAUCUCUGCACAGCGACCAAACUGCCUGUGGUCAUCAGCUCAUUAGCCAUUGCCGCUCCUUGUCUCGUAAACUGACCAACCCAGAGGUGGAUGCCUGUCUGCUUACUGACAUCAUGAGGCGGUUGCUGUUCAGUGCCAAGCUGAUGUUUGUUAAAGUAGGCCGCAGCCAGGAUCUUGCGCUGUGUGACAGUUACAUCAGUAAAGUGGAUGUGCUUAAAAUUCUAGUGACAGCCAAUUACAAAUAUGUUCCCUCUCUGGAUGACAUUUUGGAGACCUCUGCUGUGACACGCCUCCGCAAUCAACUGCUAGAAGCAGAACACUACCAGCUAGCUGUUGAGGUGUCAACCAAGAGUGGCCUUGACCCUGGUGGUGUUUGGCAGGCAUGGGGCAUGGCAUCUCUGAAAGCAGGGAACCUUUCAGGGGCACGGGAGAAGUUUGCUCGCUGCCUGAAGCCCCCAAUGGACCGCAACCAGCUCAACCUGGGUCCCUUAUUGUUGCAGGAGCUUGUCCAGCACCUUGAAACCACAGUGCGGCCCUCUCUGCAAGCAUCUUACGGUGAAGAUAUUUUGGCACCCCUUCGGGAGCUGGACGAUGUCCUGCUGGAGGUCGGUCCUGUGGAGCGGCCAGAGGCACUGAUGCAGAACAGCAUCCUCCACCAGGAGUGUCUCUACUUCCUGAACACAUACGGCACUCACCUGGCAUUGAUCAGCUUCUAUAUGCGCCAUGACUGUGUAACAGAGGCUGUGACAUACCUUCUUAAAAAGGAGUGCCCAGAGGAAGUGUAUCUAGAGGGUGUGUUGCAACCCAGUCUGGAACGGGGCCAUCUCAGCAAGCUCCAGGGAAUACUGGAAAAGCUGGACCCUGGCCUGGAGACAUGUAGCCGCUACCUCAUUGCUUCCUGCCAGUUUCUGCAGCGACGGGGAUACUAUCACUCUCUCUACCAGCUCCAGCAGUUCAUGAUGGAUCACGUGCGAGCAGCCAUGACCUGUAUUCGAUUCUUCACACAUGGAGCCAGUUCAUACCUACAGCUGGGAGAAAAGCAGCGUUGGUUGGUCAGGGCCAAAGAGCACUUAAGAACGUACUUGCAGGAGCACCAAGGCCGGGGUUCUGGGAGGAGAAAAUCACAGCCCAAUUCUUUCAGGAAGACGAUGUCAUCCAGUGAUGUGUCCAGGCAUAUGAAUACAAUUGAGCUUCAGCUAGAGGUGACCCGUUUCCUCCAUCGCUGUGAAACUGCAACAUCCUCCAAAGCCCCACAGACCAGUACGCCUUCCACCAAUUCCUCUGCGCCCACCACACCACCUACGCUUUUUGGAGGAAGCCCUAUGAAAGUUGAGGUUGCCUGCAAGGUGAUGCUUGGAGGUAAAAACAUAGAAGAAGGUUUUGGCAUUGCUUACAGAGUCAUACAGGACUUCCAGCUGGACGCUCAGGCUGUAUACGUACGAGCUGGUCAGUGGCUCAUCCGACGCAAGCAGUACGCAUCCGUGCGGCAGCUGCUCAAGUGUGUGGGCGAAUCAGGCACUGCCACUAAAAACGACUGUGACACCCUGAUCCUCACCUACAUCUCCAGUGCAGAGAAGGGACCAGCUGAUGCCAAGGAGCUGGAAAGUCUCAUUCUGGACAUAAAAAGCACAGAAAACAAGAUCAAGGCCUUCCUGAUGUGCAGUAAGCUCAGGAAAGCGUACCUGCUGGCAGUCAAGCUGGAGCCGAGCCGGGCGGGCCCCUUGGUCCAGGAUGUCCUUCAGGCUGCUGAGGGAGCACAGGACUCAGUAAUGCAGAAUAUCUGUCAUCAGUGGCUGGCUGAACAUAACAAGUCACCUCAGCCGCAUCAGGGCCGCACAAGGUAAAGGCACAGUGGACAUAACAAUGGAUUACACUGGGAGCACACAGAUGAGCCCCAUUAAGGACAAAUGAGAGGAUUCUGCAUUUUUGGGAAGAAAUUAGUAUAUGUAAUUGAUAUAAAGAGCUUUUCACACCUGCCAUUUUAUUAAAAUCAGAGCCUUCUUAUUAGAUGUUUGGUCUAGACAUGCACUGCUAACACUUUAGCAUACACUUCUAGAUGAUCCAUUGUGUUUCAUGGAAAAUGUACCAGUACUUCACAGUAAAGCAACACAUUUAGUUAGAUCUUAUUUAUAUUUUCUCUGAAUGAAGAUUACACUAGACCCUUAAUACUCAGAGAUGUGUUGCUGUUGAGUUUGCAUGGGACAGUGGAGUCAAAAUGUGGAGGAAAUUUGGCUUGUGUCAGUAUAUUGUUAAACUUGGAAAAGAUGUCCUUUAAAAACCUGAAAUCAGCUUCACUCUUUGGGUGAGUGACCUUUAUGCCUCUGUAAAACAAACGUAUCACCACUGUGCUUUAUUUCCAUUCUGGAAAUAUUUUUGUUUUUUUCUCAUCUGGGCAGUAUUUGAGAUGGAACAAAGUUACUGCAUUCAAGUGGCAACCGCUAUUACAUGACAGAACUGCUAACUAGUUGCCAAUAGGUACAGUUACACUCUUGCAAUAUGAGCAUAUUCACAGUAAAUCAGUAUAUGCUUAAGAUUUGUUUCCUACCUCAGCUUAAAGGGAAAACUUAUUGACUAGAAGGCCGCUGACAAAUUUAUUAACUGUGGAUGGGUUUUUUUGUUCCGCUGUUCGUUUUUCUGUGCUAAUUGUCUGUGAGUAGAUGGGUUUAUAUUACUUGUAAUGAGGUGGCCUCUGCCAAAAAAUAACAUGUUUAAACCUUGAAGAAACGGUCUUGUUUUUGUAACCCCUAAUGAAGAUGUUUACGUGUUGUACCCGUAAAGCACAUUUUGUGGCCAGCUCCUUGUUCCUUUCUGAUAAAAAAAUAAUUAACAUCACUUUGAAAUACGUGAGGGCAUUUUGCAUGAAGAAAACAACGAGACAGUUUCAAAGAUCAAGUUUCAUAAAUUUUCAAGAAAUUCAGAUCUCGACAGUUGUUGGUUAUUUUGGUCGCCGAUUGUAGAUCAUGCUUUUUGCUUUGUUCUCAUGGCAGAUGUGAACCACAGCUGUCUGAACAAUAUAAACUGCUGAAGACUGACAUAUACAGAUGAGUUAAACAAUAUUUGAAAAAGGGAUUGUGCUGUUGCCAGAUUUUUUUUUAAUGUAUUUGUGUUUUGUUUUUUUCUCUGGUUAUACAAACGGGCAACCUGGAAGGAAAAAAAAAGAACAGCCAUGAUGCAGCUGUAUAGUGACCAUAUAUCACUUUUUUUUGGAUAAUGUGACAAUCAUCCAUGAUGCUGAAGCUGCCUUUUAUGUGUACUUGGAAAGUUUUCUGAUGACACAGAGAAGAAUUAUGUCUUCAUUUAGAACUGACACUGUGGUGUGUCUCUGCCUUGCUUCCCUCUGCUGCACUAGUCAGAAGACUGAAAUGAGUUUCCUGUAAUUAGUGAGUGUGUCGAGCCAAUUUAGACUUGAGAUUCACUCUGAUUCUCCUUAACUUUGACUGUUGUCUCAUCACUGCCGCACUUUAUAAAUGGUACUAAAAAAAGUAAAGUAUGUAAUAUUGUAACUGCUUUAAGGAUGCGGAAACUAAUGGGUCUGAAAUGUAAGUGGUAUUGCUAUCCCUUGUCAAAUAAAAUGAAAUA